GUUGUCUGUUUGUGCUGUGUGGUAUGGGUGGGGGGGAGGUCUGGGGCAGCAGGAACAGGACAGCUGGACAGGCAGGCUGGACGGGGUACCAGCACCUCAACUUCUCUCUCUGGGACACUGUCUAAACUCCAGGGGCCACAGGUCAAGCUGAGCGAUGGGUGCUGAGGAGGAGGUGCUGGUCACACUAUCAGGGGGAGCACCCUGGGGCUUCCGACUUCAGGGGGGGGCCGAGCAGAGGAAAGCCUUACAGGUGUCCAAGAUCCGAAGACGUAGCCAGGCUGGCAGAGCAGGACUUCGAGAGAGGGACCAGCUGUUGGCAAUCAAUGGGGUCUCUUGUACCAGUCUCUCUCAUGCCAGUGCCAUGAGCCUCAUUGAUGCCUCAGGAAAUCAGCUUGUCCUCACUGUGCGGCGGGUAGCAGAUGAGGGGUCUGCGCGAUCUCCAUCCCCUGGUGAGCUUCGGGUGCUGUCACCCUUAUCUCUGCUGAGUCCUGAACCCCCUGGUGCUCCAGUUCCCCAACCUCUUCAACCUGGGAGCCUUCGCUCACCUCCGGACAGUGAAGCUUACUAUGGAGAGACAGACAGUGAUGUCGAUGGCACUGCCACCCUGGAAAAGCCCCGCCGGCCACGUCGCCGAGGCCCCACAAAACCCACCCCUCCAGGUGCCCCACCUGAUGAGGUCUACCUGUCUGACAGCCCUGCAGAGCCAGCACCUACUAUCCCUGGCCCUCCUGGCCAGGGUGACAGCCGUGUGAGCUCCCCAUCUUGGGAGAAUGGAGCAGCUCUUCAGCCACCACCAGCUGAGGCUCUGCUGUUACCCCAUGGCCCGCUCCGGCCUGGCCCUCAUCUCAUCCCUAUGGUGGGACCUGUUCCCCACCCAGUGGCAGAAGAUCUUACUACCACCUAUACCCAGAAGGCCAAGCAAGCCAAAUUGCAACGUGCAGAGAGCCUCCAAGAGAAAAGUGUGAAGGAAGCCAAGACCAAAUGCCGGACCAUUGCAUCCUUGCUAACUGCAGCCCCUAACCCCCAUUCCAAAGGGGUGCUUAUGUUUAAGAAACGCCGGCAGAGAGCCAAGAAGUACACCCUAGUGAGCUUUGGUGCUGCUGCUGGGACAAGCGCCGAGGAGGAAGAAGACGGUGUUCCCCCCACGAGUGAGUCAGAGCUAGACGAAGAAACCUUCUCUGACGCCCGCAGCCUCACCAAUCAGUGUGACUGGGACAGCCCCUAUCUGGAUAUGGAGCUGGCCAGGGUGGGCUCAGGCAAAGCAGAGAGGCAGGGAGGGCAGCUGAGUGAGGCCUCUGGAAGAGGGGUCCAGCUCUUCGAACAGCAGCGCCAGCGCGCUGCCUCCAGCACCCAGGAGCUGGAUAAGGUUGGCUCUGCAACCAUCAGCAAUGGGCUGGGGCUGCAGUCACCACCUCGAGCUCAGAGUGCUCCUCCAGACGCGGCUGUGGUCCCGCUCAGCCCUUUGCCGGCCCCAGUAGCCAGCCCCAGCCCCUUCCUCCCGAGUGGUGGAGCCCCCAUUUCAGCUGCAAGCAUCUUUAACAGGUCAGCCAGGCCCUUUAUCCCGGGCUUACAAGGGCCGCGGUCGACCACCACCUCGAUCAUUUUCCGGCCCCUCGCCCCCAGGAGGGCGAAUGAAAGCCUGGGAGGCCUCAGGCCCGCCCCACCCUCCUUCUUGUCCUCUCCGCAGGGGCCCGCCCCUCUGUCCAGCUUCACCUCAGGGGCUUUCAGCCACAUGCCAGCCUCUGGUUCCGCCAGCACCUCACGCUCCUCGGGCCCUGUGGGCCCUGUGACGGCCACCAGCUCUCUGUACAUCCCAGCCCCCAGUCGGCCUGUUACCCCAGGAGGAGCCCCCGAACCCCCAGCUGCUCCUAGCGCAGCUGCCAUGACCUCGACCGCGUCUAUCUUCUUGUCUGCACCUCUGAGAACCUCUGCACGCCUAGAGGCGCCCGCCGCAGGCCCAGCGGCCCCUGAGCCCCCCAGCGCCCGGGAGCAGCGCAUCUCGGUGCCAGCUGCCCGCACCGGCAUCCUGCAGGAGGCACGGCGCCGUGGUACUCGGAAGCAGAUGUUCCGCCCGGGAAAAGAGGAGAAGAACUCGCCCAAUCCCGAGCUGCUAUCGCUGGUGCAGAACCUGGAUGAAAAACCCAGGACCGGGGGUGCUGAGUCAGGUCCUGAGGAGGAUGCUCUGAGCCUCGGGGCUGAAGCGUGCAACUUCCUGCAACCAGCUGGACCCAGGAAUUACAAGACCCUGCCUCUCGUGACGUCUAAAACCCCGCCUCCAAUGGAUAUCAAGGCCCCACCCCCUAUGGCUCCUAAGACUCCACCUCCAGUGGCCCCUAAGCCACCAUCUCGAGGGCUCCUCAAUGGGCUAGUGAAUGGGGCAGCCCAUUCGGCUGGAAUCCCUGAGCCACCAAGGUUUCAGGGAAGGGGUGGGGAGCUGUUUGCCAAACGGCAGAGCCGUGCAGAUAGGUAUGUGGUGGAAGCUACACCUGGUCCCAGCUUUGGCCCUGGGCCCAGAAGUCCUUCUCCUACCCCCUCACUACCUCCUUCCUGGAAGUAUUCACCCAAUAUCCGGGCCCCACCUCCUAUUGCUUACAACCCAUUGCUCUCCCCCUUUUUCCCCCAGGCUACCCGAACUCUCCCAAAUAAGGCCCAAUCCCAGGGGCCUCGUGCAACCCCCAAGCAGGGCAUUAAAGCUCUGGAUUUCAUGAGGCAUCAGCCCUACCAACUUAAAACUGCCAUGUUCUGUUUUGAUGAGGUUCCCCCAACUCCUGGCCCCAACUCCUCAGGGCCUCCUAAAACUGCCCGAGUCCAGGAAAUUCGCAGAUUUUCCACUCCAGGGCCUCAGCCUACAGCAGAGCCCCUGGCUCCCACUGUGCUUGCACCCCGGGCAGCCACUAUGCUGGAUGAGCCCAUCUGGAGGACAGAGCUGGCCUCAGCCCCUGUUCCUAGCACAGCCCAUCCUCCAGAGUCUUCCAGGGGCGUCCAGGCUUCUCCCAGCUCUUGUGGCUUUCAGGUAGCCAGGCCCCGAUUUUCAGCCACCAGAACAGGAUUGCAGGCUCAUGUGUGGAGGCCUGGGGCAGGACACCAGUGAGCAAGGUCCCAGGACCAAGGAGAGGUGGAACAUUCAGUUCCUAUAGUUGCUUCUCCUACCCUAUCCCACCCCCUUUUCUCAGGCAUCUGGAGGUUAAAUUUCCUCCUGCCAGAAAUAGUUUUGGAGUUGGUGGCCUAUCCCCCAGCUUCCUCCUUGCUUCCCACCUCCCUAAUGCUUUCCAACCUAGUAUCUCUGCUUCAGUAUCUUUGCUUCCCUUUUUCUCUGUUAAAUAUCCUUUCCUGUACCUUUGUCUGUAUCUCCAGGCUUCUCUGCCCAUAUUCCUGCACAUGUCUCUGUUUCUUCACAUUUGUGCUUUUCCCUGUGGCCCUUGUUUUAAUGUUCAGUGAGAAGCAAACAGAAGUUACCACUGGGACUUCAGGCAAGAAGCUCCACAUCUGGAAGACAG